AUAGCUGCACAGUGAUAACAUGUUUGUAGUUUGGGGCUCUUAGCAAAUUUUUCCAAACCCUCUCAGCUCACUGUUUCUCUGGCUCUUUUUGUGUAUGUGUGUGUGUUAUCCAACAGCUUACUUUCCCUUCACUUUUUUUUUUUUUUUUGGUCUAGUUGUGUGACGUGUGAGUGGAGUGCCUGCCCUUGUUUCAUGCAGCAUAGUUUAGAGGGAAGGAGAAGGACUCACGUAGUGGUGGACAUUUACUUGACCUGUCAAAGGGAAGAUGAAUUGAAGGCAAAGGUGGAUGAGAAGUUACAGUUGAGGAGUCUGUCUGACACGGGAGGAGGAGCACCAGCCUGGGGGGGGACCACCAGUUCAGCUUUCUUCCAGCAACAACAGGACAGGAUGAGGUACCAAGGCAGGGAGGUGGAUGUUGAAGGAAGAGUGCGCCUGGUGAUGGAGAGUGUCCUGACUGCCCGGGACAGGGUCGGGGUGCAGGACUUUGUCUUGCUGGAAAAUUACAACAGUGAGGCAGCCUUCAUAGAGAACUUACGGAGACGCUUCAAAGAAAACCUCAUCUAUACAUAUAUUGGCUCAGUGUUGGUGUCGGUGAACCCUUACAAAGAGCUGGAGAUUUACUCCAAGCAGCAGAUGGAACGCUACAGAGGGGUCAGCUUCUAUGAGAUAUCGCCUCACAUCUACGCCAUGUCAGACAACACUUACCGGGCCAUGCGGACCGAGAGGAAGGACCAGUGUAUUCUCAUAUCGGGUGAGAGUGGAGCAGGUAAAACCGAGGCCUCCAAGAAAAUCCUCCUCUACUACGCUGUCACCUGCCCCACUAAUGAUCACAUGGCUGCCCUUGGUGACCGCCUACUGCAGUCUAACCCUGUUCUGGAGGCAUUUGGCAAUGCCAAAACACUUAGGAAUGACAACUCCAGCCGCUUUGGAAAAUACGUUGAUGUCCAGUUUGACUUCAGGGGGGCACCAGUGGGCGGUCACAUCCUGAACUACCUGCUGGAGAAAUCACGUGUAGUACACCAGAACCACGGUGAGAGGAACUUCCACAUCUUCUAUCAGCUUCUGGAUGGAGGGGAUGACGAUCUGCUUAACACACUGGACCUGGAAAGAAACCCUCAGAACUAUCACUAUCUGGUCAAGGGCAACUGUCCCAAACUCAGCUCCGUCAGUGACAAGAAUAAUUGGAAAGUUGUAAUGAAGGCCCUGCCUGUUAUUGGCUUCACAGAGGAAGAAGUGCAGAAAUUGCUGAAUAUCAUCGCCGGUGUUCUCCAUCUGGGAAACACUCAGUUUGGAGAAGGGGAGGAAGGAGAAACUUAUAUCACUACUGAGACUCAGAUAAACAAUCUUGUGAAGCUGCUGGGUGUUGAUGGCUCAGCCCUCAGGGAGGCACUCACUCACAAGAAACUCACUGCCAAAGGAGAGGAGAUGAUCAGCCCACUAAAUUUUGAGCAGGCAGUGUCUGCCCGUGAUGCCUUAGCCAAGGCUGUGUAUGGUCGGACCUUCACUUGGUUGGUGGAGAAGAUCAACCAGUCGCUGGCUCUGAAGGAGGAAAUCUACCACAGCAGUAAGGGCUCCUCAGUUAUAGGGCUUCUAGAUAUCUAUGGCUUUGAGGUCCUACAGCACAAUAGUUUCGAGCAGUUCUGCAUCAACUACUGCAAUGAGAAGCUCCAGCAGCUGUUUAUUGAGCUCACCCUGAGAUCUGAGCAGGAGGAGUAUGAGACAGAGGGAAUUGCAUGGGAGACGGUGCAAUACUUUGACAACAAGAUCAUUUGUGACCUGAUAGAGGAGAAGCACAAAGGCAUCAUCUCUAUUCUGGAUGAGGAAUGUCUGAGGCCUGGAGAGACCUGCGAUGUCUCCUUUUUAGAGAAACUGGAAGACACACUGGGCGGCCAUCCCCAUUUUGUCACUCAUAAGUUGGCAAAUGGAAAAACUCGCAGGGUAAUGAGUAGGGAGGAGUUCAGGCUGCUGCAUUAUGCUGGAGAGGUAAACUACAAUGUCAAUGGUUUCCUAGACAAAAACAAUGAUUUGCUGAACAGGAACCUGAAAGAGGUCAUGUGCCAGUCAGACAACCAGAUCCUAAGGCACUGCUUCCGCAGAGAGGAAGUGAUAGACCAGAAACGCCCAGAGAUGGCUGCCACUCAGUUUAAAAACAGCCUGAUGAAGCUUAUGGAGAUCCUCAUGUCUAAAGAGCCGUCCUACGUGCGCUGUAUCAAACCUAAUGAUGUCAAGCAGCCAGGAAGGUUUGAUGAAGUUCUGGUCAGACACCAGGUGAAGUACCUGGGCCUGAUGGAAAACCUGAGGGUCAGGAGAGCUGGCUUUGCCUAUCGACGUCGCUUUGAAGCCUUCCUGCAGAGGUAUAAGCCCCUGUGUCCUGAGACGUGGCCCAAUUGGCAUGGCAGACUUGCAGAUGGGGUCUCAACACUGGUCAACCACCUGGGCUACAAAGCAGAAGAGUACAAACUGGGCAGAUCAAAAAUCUUCAUCCGUUUCCCAAAAACUCUCUUCACCACUGAGGAUGCACUAGAAGCAAAAAAGCCAGAGAUAGCUUUGACCCUGCAGACAUCAUGGAGAGGCUACAGGGAGAGAGCCAAGUACCAGCGCAUCAGACACGCAGUGAUAGUGAUCCAGUCUGGGUGGCGAGGGAUGAAAGCACGCAGGAGGGCUAAGAGGCGUCGACAGGCUGCUGAGUUAAUACGCAGGUUCAUAAAAGGCUUCAUCUACCGUCAUGAGGAAUACUGCCCUGAGAAUGAGUAUUUCCUGGAUCAUGUACGCUGCUCCUUCCUCAAGAAUCUACGUAAAAACCUGCCCAAGAGCGUUUUGGACAAAAGCUGGCCAACACCUCCUCCGUCCCUGGUUGAGGCCUCUGAGCACCUGUGGAGGCUAAACAUGAGAAACAUGGUCAUGAAGUAUUGCAGGAGGGUCCAGCCUGAAUGGAAGAAGCAGAUGAUGCAGAAGGUCGUAGCCAGUGAGAUCUUCAAGGAUCAGAAAGACAGCUACCCUCAGAGUGUUGGAAGGCUGUUUUUGGACUCCAGGCUGGAACGUGAGCAAAUCAAUCUCAAAGUCGUCCAGACCCUCGGCAAUGACAAAGUGCAGUACGGUGUUUCAGUCAUAAAGUAUGACAGGAGGGGUUUCAAGCCUCGCCCUCGCCAGCUGCUCCUCACUAACACCUUUGCUGUGCUGGUGGACAGGACAAAGAUCAAACAGAGGAUUGACUAUACAGCUCUGAGAGGUAUCUCUGUGAGCUCUCUCAGUGAUGGGAUGUUUGUUCUGUACAUGCCCAGUGAGGACAAUAAGCAGAAGGGCGACGUGGUGCUGCACUGCAGCCAUGUGAUUGAGCUGGUGACAAAACUAGCCAUGAUGGCCAGCAAGGUCAACUAUGUCAACAUCAGCCCGGGCAGUAUUAGGUUUGCUGUGGCUCGGGGCAAGGAGGGAAUCAUUGAUUUCGUCAGGGGUUCAGAGCUGAAGGUGGCCAAAGGCAAGCGAGGACAUCUGCUAGUGACUGCCCCUCGGAUCAACACCACAUGAAGAAACAGAAAACAGCAACCAGACAAACAGUAAUCCUUUUAGCUAACUGGUGGAUUGCCACUCAGAGGUUGUCAUUCUUAUUUGUUAGUUUGUACCCUACAGGAUGAUACCACAAGCACACACAUCAUACUCAACAGAAGGAAGAUCCCUUAUUAAUUCAUAUAUAUCAUCAUUAUUACAAGAAUGUCUUCAGUGUUGCAAUAAUUAUUGCUAAUUUUUUUAAAGAUUAGAAAAUCAAAAUAUGAAGUCGUCACUGUUUCAAAUGCUUCAUUUCUUUAUUGUCAGUCAUGCAAAUUGUACACAAAUAUAUUUAAAUAUAUCAAAUAUAAAAUGCCUUGUAAUGUAAAACACUUUAUCUCUAUAUUGUAGGAGAAAUAAAACAAACCACUUUGAAAUAAAUAGCAUGUUAAUAAAUACAUCAAUAAAUAGUAAAUAUAUCUUUGGAAAGUCCAGUAGAUUGAGGGCUUGGGGGAAAAACAGGAUGUUGGAAAGUGUUCUCUCUGCUCUGGGAGCUUAUUGCUUACUUACAGUUAGAGGUAAGACAGAAACUCUGGGAAAUACCCAAGAAAGCCCUUAAAUAUACAGUAUAACAUGUAAAAAAAAUGUGACUAGCUUGCAGAGAGCUCCAUGUAAACACCACUAAAGCACUGAUUAAAGUUAUCACAACUAUUAUUCCAAUUUUCUGUUAGAUUGUCAGUUCAGCCUUUUGCCUGUUAGUGUGCAUGUGUGUUAAGGUUGCAGCUUUCUUUUUUCAGUGCUGAGUCGUGUGUGUUUUUGAAGCCAGUAGGAGGAAGUCUCUUGCCAGCUUGGUGAGGUAAAGGUCUAGAUCCCUCAGAAUGAUGUAACCCUCCACUCGGCUAUCCCACACUGUUUUAGAGCUGGUUUCUGGGUUCAAGGGUGCCCGUACUGUAGGAGAGGUUGGCUUCUUCCAGGAGCUCUGCAUGUAACUCAUCUGAAGAAGAAAGCAGAACAAUUUUUAUCAGACUUUGGUGUCACUUCCUCCAAAGUCUCUGUGUGGGCUGAAAAGGGGACAAAAAGUGUGUGGAUUUCAGUAAGAAGACUGUGGAUACCUGACUGCUGACUUGGCUCAUCAGGUCCCUCAGGUCCAGCUGAACGUGCCUGAUGCACUGUGGUAAAGUGGUACGGACCACCUGCCCCGCCAUCUGCUCUUUCGCCUCCUCCAGCUGUCUUCUCUUCCACUCCAGCAUAUUCCAAUAGGCUUGCAUGUCCCAGAAUGCAGCAUGCAGUCGUUCCCAGUCCUGAAGGCACACAACAAGAGACAACCACAUGAUUAUAUAAUCAAAAUUUUGCGCAACCCCCUAUCUAUGCUUGAAGUUCUAAAAGGGGAAUUCCACUCAAAUUUUUGCAAGUUUUACGUUCUGCAAGAGCAGACUUUCUGACGAUGUCAUCAGGUUUCGUUUUUUUUUUUCCACGAUGGAAAAAGAUUCUCAAAACAAUGGAAGAAAUUCACUGAAAACUUUAAAAUGUGUUUUGCAGAAUAACAACCAAUCAAUGAUUUUCUAUGGAAUUGUUUUGAAACAGUCAAGCAGAUACUAACCGUCAGCUUUAGCCAGCUGUAGAAAUCUGUAGAAAGUAAUGGCAGGCCCUUUAACUGUCGGCUUCUGUCCUCAAAAUGCUUGUUUCCCAACUGAUGCUCCUUCUAUUAAAGUAAACAUAGUAACGAUUAAAGAUUUGUAGUCAGGGAAUGCUAAUGCUGGAUGUGUACAGUAGUAAGUUUUCAGUACUCACAUAUUUCCUCUGCAGCUGCUGGACGCGGGUUCUGGUGGACCGCGUGAGACGAAAGGAGUUGUUAUAUUUAUUCCUCUGGAGGACUGGAGAUGGAGCAGAGGACUCCACACAGUGCAGUACACAGUAAAGGAGGAUGAGAGCCCGCAACAACACAGUCAUCUGAAACAGAGACAUAAGCAGAGUUAUGGGUUAUAUAUCAUCUAUCGUUUGUGCUGUGCUGUUGCAUUAAAUCAGUGCUAUGAAAACGCAGAUUUGCACAACUGCUUUUCAGGUAUAAAUUGGCUAAGAUGUAUCACUUCUGUAAAAAAAAUAAAAAUAAAUAAAAGGUGAUGUACGGUA